ACCCGCCCCCGGCCGCCCCGGCGGCGCGCCCUUCCGCGUGCAUGGCCCUUCUGCCUCGGACUCUGAGCGCCGGCGCGAGUGCGGGAACGAGCUGGCGGCGGGCGGCGCGCGCUCUCCCCCGCUUCCCGCUGCCUUUGCCGGCCCGCGCCUUCGCCCGCGCCAUGGCGUUCAAGCCGGAGCCGCCGCCGCAGCGCCCGCCGCCCGCCGCUGGCGCGGUGGCCUACGACUACCUGGUGAUCGGGGGCGGCUCAGGCGGGCUGGCCAGCGCUCGUCGCGCCGCCGAGCUCGGCGCCAGGGUCGCCGUGGUGGAGAGCCACAAGCUGGGCGGCACGUGCGUGAAUGUCGGAUGUGUACCCAAAAAGGUAAUGUGGAACACAGCUGUCCACUCUGAAUUCCUGCAUGAUCAUGUUGAUUAUGGCUUUGAAAGUUGUGAGAGUAAAUUCAGUUGGCGUGUUAUCAAGGAAAAGCGGGACGCCUACGUGAGCCGCCUGAACACCAUCUAUCAGAAUAAUCUAACCAAGUCCCAUAUAGAAAUCAUCCACGGCCAUGCAGCAUUCACGGGUGACCCCAAGCCCACCGUGGAGGUCGUGGGGAAAAAAUACACUGCUCCUCACAUCCUGAUCGCCACAGGAGGCACGCCCUCCCGUCCGCCCGAGAGCCGGAUUCCUGGUGCCAGCCUAGGAAUAACCAGCGAUGGCUUUUUUCAAUUGGAAGAAUUGCCUAGCCGCAGUGUCAUUGUCGGUGCGGGUUACAUUGCUGUGGAGAUAGCUGGGAUCCUCUCGGCUCUGGGCUCUAGGACGUCGCUAGUGAUACGGCACGAUAAGGUUCUUAGAAAUUUUGAUUCAAUAAUCAGUUCAAACUGCACUGAAGAGUUGGAGAAUGCAGGCAUAGAGGUCCUGAAGUACUCACAGGUCAAGGAAGUCAAAAAGACUACCUCCGGCUUGGAAGUCUGCAUGGUCACUUUGGUCCCUGGUAGGAAGCCCACCUUGGCCAUGAUUCCAGAUGUUGACUGCCUGCUUUGGGCCAUUGGGCGGGACCCAAAUUCCAGGAGCCUGGAUUUAAACAAACUGGGAAUUCAAACUGAUGACAAAGGUCAUAUCCUAGUCGAUGAAUUCCAGAAUACUAACGUGAAAGGCAUCUAUGCGGUUGGGGAUGUGUGUGGAAGAGCUCUUCUCACUCCAGUUGCAAUAGCUGCUGGCCGAAAACUCGCCCAUAGGCUUUUUGAAUACAAGGAAGAUUCCAAAUUAGACUAUGACAACAUCCCCACGGUGGUCUUCAGCCACCCCCCUAUAGGGACUGUGGGACUCACGGAAGAUGAAGCCAUUUAUAAAUAUGGAAAGGAAAAUGUGAAGAUCUAUUCAACCACCUUUACCCCAAUGUAUCAUGCAGUUACUAAAAGGAAAACAAAAUGUGUGAUGAAAAUGGUCUGUGUUGACAAAGAGGAAAAGGUGGUUGGGAUCCAUAUGCAAGGAAUAGGGUGUGAUGAAAUGCUGCAGGGUUUUGCUGUUGCAGUAAAAAUGGGAGCAACAAAAGCCGACUUCGAUAACACGGUUGCCAUUCACCCUACAUCAUCAGAAGAACUGGUCACCCUUCGCUGAGAACCCAGGGACUUGUGUGUUUGGCAGCUAGACCAUUAGACAUCGUGAAAUGAACCAAAGAAUCACAUUUACUGAACUGUUUCUGUUUUAUAUAUUUCAUUGUUGCAGUAAGGAUCACUCACUAGUGGAAAUUUUCAGUAAAUAAUAGAACCUGUUUAUGUAAUUAGAAAUUGAUUUUGUUAUCCAGGAUAGAUUUCCAUUUGCUCACAUCUCAUACUAAUUCUUAUUUUUAAGUGUUUUGUUAGCAGUUCUGUGCUCACUGUUUUUUUUUGUUUUGUUUAUGUUUUAGCCUCCGAAGUGUAAAACCAGAUGAAGUAUAGUUAAAUUAAUCUACUUGAGUGGAUAUAGUUUGCUAAUCUUUAUAGAAGACGACAGCAGCUCUUCACAUUUAAAUAAUGGAAGUUCAUUCUUUAAGAGCCAUUUUCUUUACUUUUAUGAAGCUAGUACUGUGUCCUCGCUCUGCACAUUGUAAAGCCACUUCACAGAUGUCGCAUUCCUCUGCAAGCCUAUAACAUGAAAGGCCUGCCUCCCUUAUCUUAUUUUUCCUUUCAUUUAAAAAUGAUUAAAAAUUGCCUGUGUUACUUACAUGAGAUGAGGCAUACCAAACUGGGGAAAGUUUUGGGGAGGCUGGUUAUGCGAGCCAGGAGCCUUUGAGAAGGGCUUCCUGCUUUUGAAAGGAGAGGGACUCAAGUACUUCAGAAGUGUGUCCCUCCACUGAGAGUUCAUAGUUCAGUGAAUGACUCAGUGUUGGUAAGCGGUCUUAAUCAUUUUCCUUUUUUCUGAAAACUUUUUCCAAACAUUUGAAAAUAAAACCACAGCCUUUUCCUCUUACAA